AGUGGGUGAGGAGGCAGAGCAGAGCAGAAGGAGCGUCUUCUUUAAGAGCGCGUCCUCCGACUCGCUGCCAUUUCCAGCUCCUUGUCGCAUCCGAGCGCGUCACGACUUCACCGACUCUUCCGAUUCAGCGCACGUACGUACAGUCGCCCGGGUAAAGGCGAUGGCGUCCGUUACGUUAGGACAACACCCGGCUCGGCACCACCUCGACUCAGAGAAGCUGUUCCGCAAAUUGGCGGAUGAGGGGAAGAAAUUAAUGCGCAAGCCGUCACGGGAGAAAAUGACGCGUGAGCGCGCAGCAGCGGCGGCGGCGGCGCCGAGAGUGCAAUCAAGCCCCCGUGCACCGUCAGACUCGGGAGGCGAGACGGCAUUAAGGAUGUGCGACAGCACCGGUGCAGACCCGCCACAGAGUGUGACCGGGCCACGGCACGCGGACAGAGACCCCGCGGCGCACUGCGCACCGGAAUGCGCCGGGAACGAGGCGCGCAGCCGCAGCGACGCACAAAACGCCAAUAGGAACAACAACGGCAUCCUCAGAAGUCACCCUCGGAGGAGCUCGGCGAAAAACCUCAACGAGGUGUCAGGAGGCAGACGCGUCAAGUUCAGGUCGUUAUCCGCGGACGGAGACGCGCUAGAAGGCAUCCAGCUGGAGCGGCUCACGCAAGCCAGAGGCGGCGUCGUGAAGCUGAUGCGGACUGAACAGCCGAGGCGGCAAGCCUGGUCCAUUUUCGACCAAGAUGAACCCAGGGUGAAAGCGGAGAGGGGAGAAGGCCACCUUUUCGCCCCCCGCAGGGUCACGCAGGACUGGUGUGACGCCUGCAACCGGCAAAUCAAGAGCACUGCGCUCCGGUGCGAAUAUUGCAGCUACACUUGUCACCUGGACUGCGAGAAUCAUGUUCAGCUUGACUGUAACCAGGGAAACGUGCAAAAAGAGGAGACGCAGACCGACCCCCCCUGCAGGACAUAUUCUACAGCACCGCCAGCAAAGAACACCACUAAAGAAGAUGAAGAGGAGAAGCAGCAGGCCCUCAGUGAGGAAGAGGUCAAGGCAAAGAUAGAGGAGUAUAACUCUAAAGUGUCCGAAAGUGGAAUGAAAUUAGCUGCUGAUGGCACUUACAACGGGUUCAUUAAGGUCCACUUGAAGCUACGGCGGCCAGUCACGGUGCUAUCAACGGAAGCGAACAACUUAGGGAACUCGGAGAACAGCUCAGCAGCGAGUGAUAUUUCAGACAAUCGCACAUCCUUCUAUCUGCCCAGUGAGGCUGUAAAACAGCUCCAUGUCAGCAGCACCACCACAGUCAGAGAGGUCAUCGAGGGCCUGCUCCGGAAGUACAUGGUUCAGGACAAUCCACUCAAGUUUGCUCUCUACAAGCAAAUGCAUCGCCAUGGACAAGAUCUUUUCCAGAAGCUGUCUGACUCUGAGCACCCACUGCUUCUUCGCCUGCUGGCGGGUCCAGAUCUAGAGAAGCUCUCAUUCGUGCUGAAAGAAAAUGAGACUGGAGAAGUAGAGUGGCAUGCGUUCUCCUUGCCCGAGUUGCAAAACUUCCUGGCCAUCCUGGGGAAGGAAGAAACGGACAGGGUGAAGCAAGUACAGCAGCGCUACGUGGCCUACCGCGAUAAACUCUUAGAGGCUCUGAAAGAAGUGCAGAACAAACCUGGCUAAUGCACUGAGCCUAUGGACAGACUCAUUAAAAAAAAAACUCUCCACUUAGGAUUUUCCCCCCCAAAAAAUCCCGCGACCUCCGUCAUGACCUCUGGAGCCGGAAAAAAAAUGACCAGGAAAGGUGUGUGAGGUUGAGUCUGGACAUAAAAACACAAGGGGUGAGUGAUGGACCGCGCAAUCACGUCACUCGGGACGCAAACGGCACGCACAUCAAGAUCCAGGAGUGUGUUUCUGACUGACGUGGUCGAUGUCUGAAAGGAUUUAUUUUUUGUCUGUCCACAUUUCUGAUGUUGCUGCUACUGCGAGUGUUCCUUAGCAUGACUUUUUUUUUGGUUUUUGUUUUGUUUUUCUUUAGCUUUGCUAUCGGGUCCUUCAUCAGGGAUUUUUUUUAAGUAGACAAAGGAGUUAUAAGAAGAAAAAAAAUCUGAUUAAGGCUAUAAAGAGUCUGCAUUCCUGGAAGUAAACUUAAGUAAGUAAAUAAAUGUAAAAGCAUAAGAUAAGCCAAGAAAUCAAUACUCGUUCACAUUCACUUGCAUUUUACAGGAUCAUUUGUAUCUUAACUAAUACCAUUAUGAACAAUGUAGGUACUGUAUUCAGACAGACUGUUGAAAUCGAUACGCCAUUUGCUGAAAGCCUCCUCCUAUAGUCACACACCUUUUAAAUCAAUAACCUCAACAGGUCUCUCAGUAGCCAAGACUGCAUAUUCACCUCGUUCACCAUACGAAUGCAUGCAUGUGUACAUUUGAAAUGGCUUUCUCAGUCUAAUCUAUAAACGUUAUAAAUGACCCUGAACACGUAUACAUUUUAAGCAUGUUCUAACGCUGGCAUCUCAAACCAAACCUUACGGAAAUGUGAAACAAGCUAUUGCAUAAGUUUAGAGUGUAGUGUACUGUGUUUUUUUUUUUUUUAAGUAAAGAAGUGUAUUUCCUCUGUUCUGAUAUGACGUGAAAGCAUAUGGAAAUUCCCAGCUUCAAAACACACCCAUCUCGCUAAUAUGUAGGAUAUAUGAUAUAUAAUAUAUAAAAUAUAUAUUCUCACAAUUUUCUGAGAAAACCCCAUUAUGGAUUUUACACCAAAGUUAAACACAGACAAACAAACCUAGUAUUUUGUAAUGAUAUUAACGCAAAGCAUUUUUUUGUGCAUUGUAGAUUAAAAAGUAGCCAUGUGCACAAAACCGAACAGACCACCAAGUGGUGAGCCAGAAGCUAUAGUACUGUAUAUAUAAUAAUCCUGGCUAUUGAGUUACGAUGGAAUGAUGUGCGCCGACCUGAAAAUGUUUUUUUU